GGAGUGACUCAUGACUGUUUUAAACUGCCAUUUUGGAUUGAUCUCCUCAAACAGAAUCCUGUGACUGGUCACAGGGGAUCUGAGCUUCAUCCUUCCCAAUUUCGAAUUGGGUAUCUUGGUGCCGCCCACAGUGAUACUUUUAGCUUUUCACUCAAAAUCAAAGUUUCUAGGGUUUUGUCCGCCGGAAUCCUGCCUUCAAUGGCUUCUCACGCGCAUCUCGAUGAUGAUGACGAUUUUGGCGGUGACUUUCCUGGGAGUCAUAGUGCAAGGCAUUCAGGUAAUAAAAGAAGUUUUGGUGAUCUUGAGGACGAUGAGGACGAUAUUUUUGGAUCAAAAAAGGGCAAUACUAAAGUAGAAGAAACUGCCCCCGGUGUAGCAACAGGGAUGAUUUUGUCACUUCGUGAGAGCCUUCAGAAUUGUAAGGACACCCUUGCAACGUGCCAAACGGAGCUUGAAGCUGCAAAAUCAGAGAUUCAGAAAUGGCAUUCUGCAUUUCAGAAUGAGCCCUUCAUACCAGCUGGAAUAGCUCCUGAACCCAAGUUAGUAAUGAAUUAUCUUCAAACUCUGAAAUCCUCUGAGGAGACACUGAAGGAACAACUAGAAAAAGCCAAGAAAAAAGAAGCUGCCUUUAUUGUAACAUUUGCAAAGCGUGAGCAGGAGAUUGCUGAGUUGAAGUCAGCAGUUCGUGACUUGAAAGUUCAACUGAAGCCACCAUCAAUGCAGGCCAGAAGGUUACUACUAGAUCCUGCCAUUCAUGAGGAAUUUACUCGUUUAAAGAAUUUGGUUGAGGAAAAGGACAAGAAAGUUAAAGAGCUGCAGGAAAAUAUUGCUGCUGUUAGUUUUACUCCUCAAAGCAAAAUGGGAAAGAUGCUGAUGGCAAAGUGUAGAACAUUGCAAGAGGAAAAUGAGGAGAUUGGUACUCAAGCAGAGGAAGGAAAGAUGCAUGAAUUGGCCAUGAAACUUGCCUUACAAAAAUCUCAAAAUGCAGAACUUAGAAGCCAAUUUGAAGCAUUAUACAAACAAAUGGAAGGGCUGACAAAUGAUGCGGAAAGAUCAAAUGAAAUGGUGUUUAUCUUGCAAGAGAAAUUAGAAGAGAAAGAUGACGAGAUUAAAAGGCUUAACCUAGAGCUGCAGCACAAGAUGCUGCCGACUGAAGACAAUAAUAACAAGACAGGUUUAGUCUCUGAUACUGAAAAGUUUAAAGAUGAGAUGAUAACCGAUGAAACUGGGAACAGUUCUUAAUUAGAUAGACAUGUAUUGUACGAUAUCUGUCAAUGAUUUUGGCUCAAACUUUUGUAGUUUGUACAUUCUAUAUUAAGUCGGUUUUUUUUGGGAAAACGCAUUGCUGUUGGUGAAAUUGCACUAUUGAAGUGCACGUCCACGGUGUAUCCAAGUUUGAGUUUAAACUUAA